ACUACAACAACGAGUUUACAUGUAUUUACUUCACCGAUAUUUACAUUUAAAAUACGGCUCCGAAUCGGAUGCGAAGUCAAAGUUUGCACAACUCAUGGAUGCACAUCAAAUAAAUCUGGAAAUUUAUGUGGUGUUUGUGGUGCUAAAGCUCAGGACGUUGAAAUGUAAUUACGAUAACAACUGUCCAACCGAUAUGGAUAUGAGAACUGAGUUUAUUUUGAAUGACGAGGAAAAGGAGAUUAGAAAACGUAAAAUACGAGAUAAUAAACAAAAACAAAUGAUUUGUCAAACAAUAGCCAAAACAGAUGUGUCGACCGACACUUCCAAACAUAUACCUAACGAUACGUUCAAUGAGACGGAAGGCAUGAAGUUUAGGGAACUCAUGAGUGCCACAGAAAAGGGUAGGUUUUCCCUGACUUUUGAUGUUCUCAAGUGGCCCCAAGUGUUAGACCCAAUGGAGGCCAUCAAAGUGUUGACCAUUCAUUGUGAGAGAGUACAUCACUACUAUAACGAGUGCGAGCACUGGAAGUUCCCGCAGGAAAACAAUUGUGCUACUUUAUUGAAAUUACAAGUGUUCAAAAAUUAUCAAUUGGAUUCGCUGUUGUUGGAGCAUGGAAAAGAUUUUGAAUCCGACAAAAUCAUUUUGGAUUUGGUUUACAUGUAUUUACUUCAACGAUAUCUGCAAAUGAAAUACCAGUCCAAGUGUGAGGCCGACUCCAAGUUCACAAAACUCAUGAAUCUUAUAACAUCUACUAAAGGGACACAACAAGAACUUAUUCUUAAGUUCUUGAGUGCCUUACCCUCUGAUGUCUGUCCACUUCUCAAUGAGAUCUAUGAUAGAACUCCUGUACAGACUUUACUAUUCAGUAAUUUGGAU